AUGUAUACACUAAAGUGUUGUAGAGUCUGCCUAAACACUAAGAAUCUUCAUCUGAUCUUUACAUAUCCUGAACACAAUGAAAAAUACACCAAUAUUCUAUUAACUAUUGCAGGAAUUCAGAUCAAAAUUAACGAUGAAUUGCCACAAGAAAUAUGUUCCAAUUGCAUAAAGUUUAUUAAUGAAUCCAUUCAAUUUAGACAAAACUGUGAAGAUGCCGAGAACAUUCUUAGAAACUUCAAAAUUGAUGAUCCAAUACCUCAACCCCUUGUUCUUAAAACAGAAGAACAUACAUCAAUCAACAUAGCUCAUACAAAUGUUGAUUUUAAUGAUUUCGAUGAUAAUGUUACAUUAGACACAUUAAGAGUUGAAAACAUUCAAUGUGAAUCAGAUGAUUCACCGUUAGAAAAUUUGGAGCCCCAAGGGCCUCAAAAAACAGUGAAACAAAGUACAGCUCGGAAGAAAAAUGUGAGGAUUAUAAAAAUAAAAGAGGGAAAUGACAAAAAAAAAGGCUCCCGUGAAGAGAUAGAAUGUGAAUAUUGCCAUAAGAUAUUAACAUCCAAAUUGUCACUAAGAAACCAUUAUAAAAUACACACAGGCUUUGACGUUGUAUGUGAGCACUGUGGAAAAAAAUUCAUAACCCGGCGUUUGCUUCUGAUGCACUGUCGAGCAAAACAUGGUUAUGAGAAGACAGAUAAAUGCUCGUAUUGUGACUAUAAGGCAUCCAAUGCAGAACAGGUUAAAAUUCAUGAGAGGCUCCACACAGGUGAAAAACCUUAUGUUUGCAAGGAAUGCAACGCUGGUUUUCAUAGAAAAAGUAGUUAUUUACAACAUAUAGCUAUACAUCUACCGGAGAAGACUGUUCAGUGUGACCAGUGUCCAGCACGGUUCAAAUCUGUAACACUAAUGCGUAUACACAAAAACAGACACAGAGCACCACAAUACAGAUAUAAGUGUGGUGUAUGUGAUAAUAGUUUUGCAAGACGAAGGAAUGCUGCCAGACAUUUGCAAAGAGUUCAUGGUGUCCCACCUGACCAUCAUAUACAUAGACAUAAUAUACAUUGA